AUGGGGGAUUCCCGGGAUGAUGGAAUGACCUUAAGAAGGGAGAAAGAUUUAUUUACUGUCCGCUGUCGUCCUGGACUUGAGCAAACCCGCUACCGCUCGCACUCACUCGCAACCGGGGCCGAGAGGCGCCCCAGGGAGCGGAGCAGGUGCCGGGGCCGGCGAGGCUCGCUCACCGCAGCCCUCCGGCCGACGAGCGGCCAGGCUGCCAGAGCCCGCCCGCGGCGGGGGCCGCCCGCUCCCGCUGGCAGCCGGGGAUGCCCGCUCGCCCGGCCGGGAUGCCCGCUCGCCCGGCCGGGAUCCCCGCUCGCCCGGCCGGGAUUCCCGCUCGCCCGGCCGGGAUCCCCGCUCACCCAGCCGGGGAUGCUCUCUCGCCCGGCCGGGGCCGCCUUCCCGGGGAGCGCCUCCGGCGGCCGCACCAGGCUGCGCGGCCGCUGCGCAUCCCGCGGAGCGACUCCCGCCCCGCUCCUCCGCCGCCAGCGCCGGGCCCAAGGGCAGCCCCCGCUCUCCCCUCCGGUCCGGCCCCGCCGCGCCGCGGGCUGCUCACCUCCGCCGGCGCCCGGGGGAUGCGGAGCGGCUCCCGGCGCCUUGCAGCCCUCACCGAGCCCUCGCUCCCGGCGCCUUGCAGCCCCCACCGAGCCCUCGCCGCCGGGGGAGCAGAGGGAUGCCCCGCUGACUGAAGGGCUGCUGCCAGCAGCUGCGCCCUGCCGAGCCGAGCCGAGCCGAGCCGAGCCGAGCUGCGCCGCCCGCCGCUGCGGCAGGACCGCCGCCGCCGGCUGA